UAUUCGUCAGAGCAGAAUGGAGCCAAGAUAGUUGCAACAAGGGAAUGGAAGAAGAACGACAAGAUCGAGUUGUUGGUUGGCUGCAUUGCAGAGCUAUCGGAGAUGGAGGAAAAUAUGCUUCUUCGUCACGGAGAAAAUGACUUUAGUGUUAUGUUUUCAACCAGGAAGAAUUGUGCUCAACUUUGGCUUGGACCUGCUGCAUUUAUUAACCAUGAUUGCAGACCCAACUGUAAAUUUGUUUCAACUGGUCGGGAUACAGCCUGUGUAAAAGCAUUAAGAGAUAUUGAACCAGGAGAAGAGAUCUCUUGUUACUAUGGGGAUGGAUUCUUUGGAGAAAAUAAUGAAUUCUGUGAAUGCUAUACAUGUGAGAGACGUGGGCAAGGUGCAUUCAGGUCAAGGUGCAUUCCUGACCCUGCACCUGUAAUAAAUAGCAAGUACGGACUCAGAGAAACCGACAAGCGUUUGAACAGAUUAAAAAAGUUGGGGGAUGGUGGAAAGAACUCUGACAACCAAUCAGUGAGCUCAAACACUGAUGCAGAGAUUACUCAGGAAAAAGCUUCAAGUAGAAAAUCUUCAAUCAACAUGAAAAAGAACAGCAAAAGCAGAACAAGGCAAACUUUGCCCAGAACAUCAGCUGCCACUAGUUCUACCUCAUCCUCUUCAAAAACGUGUUCUGUAGGUAAUUCCAAGGUACCAAAGAAAUUUAAAACCUCAAAGCCCGUUAGGCCUUUGCCCUCAAAAUCAAGGUUAAGAAGUGAAUCUAGAAGGUCCGAACACAAGACCACUUUUAGAAAUCUUGAAAUGGAUAAUUUAGUUCUUAAGGAGCCUAAAGUAGUUCUUUAUAAGAAUGUACCGCUCGAAAAGGAUAAAGACCUAGAGGGACCAGCAAAGGUUGAUGGUUUGGGUCGAUGCCUGACCAGACAUUCUAUUCGAGAAAAUAACAUCAAUUCUGUGAAAGAACUGCAUAAAAAGGUUUCUCCCUUGCAUGAUGGAAUGGUUUCUUGCACCUACAUGACCCGGAGGGCAAAGAGAACGAGACUGGCUCUCGAAGGAUCAUCUAGCAUUGCUUCACUGGAGCUUGAACCAAAUAUAAUGGAUCGUGGAAGUAUUCAUUGCACAGGGGGGAUGGAACAUCCAAGUUCUGUUCUACACGUCAAUGACAACAUGCAUGUAAAUAAAUUGGUCCAAGAACCUUUUUCAGAUAAUGGCAUAUGUUCAAACAGAAGGAGGUCACAACAAGGGAAACUUGCUGUAAAAUUAGAUGAAUGCCAGCUUGCAUUACCUUGUUCUGUAAAGGAGGAUGUGAAGGAAGAAACUAUACCUGAUUUGAUCAGUCCUCCUCCAAUUCAUAAACUUAAUGGUAGUGAGAAGGUAGAACUAGUGGAUGUACCUGAUCUAUAUCGAGACUGUGUCGGUUCUUCAAAUGGUGUUGCUUCAGAUUCUUUUGUAGUUUCCCACAAAUCAAAAAAUUCAGAUUGUCAUAAAAUAAAAGAGGAAUAUCCCAGAACAACUGAAAGAAACAAAAAGAAAAGACAAAUCACAAGGUAUGACGCACAAUUGAUACUUGAAAACAGUUCUGGGAUUCCCAAGUUGACUCUGAGGCGAAGGCGUGACAGCAGCAGUAGUAAAACCAAUGACCAAGAAACAGAUGGAAAGAAAUCUAAGAUCAGCAUCAAACUGAGCAAAGACCAUGAAAAUGAUAAAAAUAGUAACAAUUAUGUAGCAAAGCUCAGCAAUGGGUUUACCGCGGGCUCAGGAAGCAGUUCUACAAAACUCAAAAUUCAGCUGAAACGAGAGGAAGAGAAUAGAGGAAUCAAGCGUUCACACUCCAGCAUGGAAGAACUCUGUGACAAUGAUGUGUGCUGUGACGGUGCUGUUUUGUUGAGGUCUGAUGGCGAAGUGGUUGAACAUGGACGACACACAGAAGAGUAUGAAGAUGAUGAGGAUGAUGAAGAUGAUGAUGAGGAGGAUGAUGAUUACGAUGAUGAAUUUGAAGAUGAAUUUAUUCCACUUCCUCAGGCUAAAAGACUAAGACUGAUAGUUGGUAAAGACUCCAUAGAUAUAGACAUUUCAUCAAGGAGAAGAGAAGAUCAGUCUUUAAGGCUUAAUGCAUAAGCUUUGGGUCUUGUACUAACCAUAAUGUACAGUACUUUCCAAUCAGUUAUUCCACAUUUGAAUGAUCUUACUGUAAAUUUUAUUGACGGCACUUCUGUAUUCAUUAUCAACAUAAAUAUUGUAGAAAGUGUACAGUAUAUUGACUCAAGUUUGAUUUUUGUGCAGAUUUUUAUUGUACUUUUAACAGCCUUACUAUGUGCAAUUCUGAAUUUUGGAGGGAGCUGAUUCUCUGUUAGAAUUAAGGCAUAAAACAGAAUUGUUGUAUAGCAAGACCAUUUUUUUUCAUUUUUCCCUUCUGAGCCUAAAUAUUUUGAAUCACAAUUAUGGGGGAUUCCCUAAUUUUUUUUUAAAUGGAGCAUUAACGUGCUUCUCUGUGUGAAUGAAGGUUAAAGAGAAUCGAUAGUGGCAGCAAGUUAAACCAACAACAUUUUCUAUAAGCUGUUCUUAUCACCAGCAAGAAACUGCAGCUUUUAGGUUUGUUCGCUAGGUGUUUCCCCGGGUUUUGUCAGUUUUACACUGUAUGCUGUCCCAGAUGUACUGUUUGUGGCCUUUGUCAGUAGCCAGCUAUUGGUUGGAAGUUUAAAUAAAUGGAGUCGUUUAAAUAAAAA